UCUUGAUUUUGCUAAAACAUGCAACAAAGCGUUAAAAUGAAAAUACUAUUAUUAUAACACAGUGAAUCAGAUUAGCGUUUGCUUAGAUUGGAUGAUAAAAACUGUGUAGUUCUCUUUCUCCCAACAGAUUAAAUAAAUACAAGUCCCGCCCUACUGGUGUGAAAAAUGCAGAAAAAAAGUUAAAUGGGAUUCAUUGAUUCAGACUAUAGAGCUCAGACUGAGAGCUUUAGCCUACCUCAAAUUAACUACCAGACUAAAAUUGUAUUUUGAGGAAAAUCAUGCUUUUCAAAUUUACCUGCGCUGUUGUCACCAGGUUAUUAUUCAUUUUAGUGUCCCUCAUCGGUGUAUGGAGAGUGACAUGGGUGAAAAAUAAUAAUUUAUACUGGUUUCUGACUAUCCUUUAUCUACCUCUCGUUGCUGAAAUGAUUUUGACUCUGAGAAGGAGAAAAGGGAAGGACUACAAAUGGUUUUCUCCAGCUAUUCUAUUUUUCCUAAUCAGUAUUAUUCCUACCAUAUGGAUCCUUGAGUUGCACCAUCAGCAACACAGAACAAAUGAUACUAAGUGCAAUAAACUGGAUUCAUCUAAGAGCAUUAAAGUCUUUCUUGAUGAAUGGAGGAACCUCACGAAUGGAACAGUUAAUUCACAGGAUCCUUUAAAGUUGUUGUCAUCGGUUUGUGCUAAUGACUGGAUCCUGGCCCUGCAUCAAAUCCUUCUGAUCCUGCUAAUAGUGGGGAAGUGGCUGCUGCCGAUCGCAGGGGGGGUCACCAGAGAUGAAAUGUCCCAGCUAUUGCUCAUCUUUGUGGGUAUAGCUGCAGAUAUCCUUGAGUUCAUCAGUGAGACACUGUCUGAUGUGAAUGAGAACAAUCCACAGUUUGUGUACAUUAUUCUAUCAGUUUGGACAUGGAGCAUGCUACAGUUUCCUCUUCAUUUCUCAGUGGUGAACACCAAACCUGAAGAUUUUUGUGAAGGCCAAGGUGACUCACUCCUUUCCAAGCACAGAACAGAUAUAUGGAACAUUGUAGAAACGCUUUUUCUUCAAGAUGGCCCCUUCUUUAUUGUCCGAAUUACAGUUAUGAUACUGUUUUCUGUCUAUCAUCAAAUGCUGGUCUUCUUCACCAUUAAGAAUUUUCUAGUGGUAAUGCUGAACAUCUACAGGCUGUGGGUCAUAUGCAUCGAUUACAAAUCAUGAGGUGUACAAUUGUCUAUAUUACUAUAUAUUGGGUGAACUAUCCUUUUAAGGCACACAUAAAAAUGCCGUUUCAGUCUAUAACAAAAUUUCAAAGCAAGUGGCAUUUAUUUUUCAAGGAAAACAGUACAAAUACAAUUUUUAAGCUAAAUGUUUUACAAAAAGAAGUUUGUUUGGUAUUAAAUGAUAAAAAAAGUAACUAUACUAUUCAAAAAGAAGAUAAAUAGUAUUUGAGCACUAUUAUUUUGUAAUGCAAUGACACUCAUGAUUUUUGUAAUGCGGCUUAAUAUUUUUAAGUGUACAAAUACUUUUUUGGCCCCACUUUAUAGAACAUGCUAUUAUAAUCAAAAUCCAUUUAAAACAUGCACAUCUAAAAUACAGGUACACUGUUGCUCCCAAAAAUGCUUUAAUUCAGAUUUUAUAGUGAAAAUAAAUUCUAAAUGCUCUUCAUUAGUCUGAUAUUAUUAUAAUAAUUUGUCAGUUAUUAUUUGUCAAUUUCUGUGCAGAUUAAAUGUUUUGUUGAUUUUCAAUGUGGAAGAAAAAACAUAUUCUGUAGUAAACAAGUUUAAACAUAGUUUUGGACAUUUUAGUGCCCAUUUUCUAAUUAUUUGUUGAUUUUAUUAAUAUUAAGACUGAAACAUAAGGGCAAAAAAAGACUGCUUUCCAAAAAAAAUGUCCAACUCUUUCCUGCAGCAUGCAGAAUGCUUCAAGAUCGGAUUCAGUGAAUUCUAAUCUUGUGUGCACUGCAUGUUUGACAACCAUCCACAGAUUUUCUAUAAAUUCCAUAUGUUUAUUCUCUGAGAAGUCCAUCACAAAAUCUUUAUCUUUCAUGGUUAAAUUUUGUGUAUGUUUGGAUCUUUGUCUUACUGCAGCAUCCACAAUUUGUCAUCUUUGCUUUCUUUAGUUGCCUGGAAACUUCCAGAUUAUACUGAUAAAAUAGAAUGCAUGGUUCCCUCCAAUAAUAUGACCUGUAUUGAAUGCCACAAAACCCUAAAGCCCAAUACUGUAUAAACAUCCUAAUUCUUAAAAGUUGGCAAGAUGUUCCUUUCUUUUCCUUCAAACAUUAGUGAUUGUGGCUUAAGGGUUCAGUUUUCAUUUUAUCAGAUCACAGCACUCGGCUCUGGCUUAUCUAAGUGUGGUGAUUAAUACUUGCAACUCUGACAUUUGUGCUGGGAUUGCAAAUAACGUUUCCUUCCAUGUAGGUCAUGUUUGUACACCGUAGGUCCUUUUCAAUGUUUUGCAUUCCUGAUCAGUUUAUAAGCAGUUCUGUGAGAGAUAUGUAUUGAGGUAUUAAGAUCUUCAGUAGUUUUCCAAAACUUUAAUUUCAGACUGUGGGACUUAUGAGGACAUGUGUUAUUUAAUGUUAUUAUUUUUUAUUAAGCUGUUUCAUAGAUUUGUAUGUCUGUUUUCUUUAUGUUACAUACACAUUUUUAAAUAGAAAAUGUAUAUGCAAAAAGAACCUAACACAAAUGUUGCAGUGGAGUCCAGGUUUUUUGCUUAUACAUUUUCUUUUGGGAUUUUUGUGGCCUAAGCACAUUUAAAAAAAACAAAAAACACUGUUAUAUGUUCAGGUUCAGUGAGUUCCUAACUACUUUAUAUUAAUAUUAGCAAAUUAAUAACUGCUCUUAAGGCACUAUAUAGUCUACUCAUACUCGGCCUAACCCAACCAAAAAAAAUAUAUAUAUAUAAUUGUCCUGGGUCAUAUUAAUUUAAGCGGUGGCCCUGACUAUUCACUCAUAUACAGUUCAAAAGCCUGAGAACAGAAUUUUCUCUUUUGGGUGAUUUUGUUUCUUUAACUGUGGCUAAAAUCCAUCUUUCAUGUCUUCACUGACUCUCUGCACUGGCCUAACUGGGCAACAAUCACUUACACUUGUAUUCUUACACAAAAGCUGCGUUUUGAAUGUCCGGAAAGCACACAUGUAAAAAUAUUUUUUUAGUGCCAUGUGCUUUAUGAGGGCAUGUUUAAACAGACAAAGUGUUUGUCAAAAGACCAUAUGAUUAAUUAAUUUGGCUUUGGUAUACUUAUGAUGGAAAGAAGUAGUUUCCUUCACUAGUUGUGUUUCGGGUCAGGAUGUAACCCAACUUGCUUAAACUGACCUCAUGUCAAGAAAUGACUGCAAAUCUUCAUACAUGGAUGCAUGCAUUGAAUGGUGCUUUUUUCUUUAAACUAAUGCUUAUUUCAGGCUUGAUGAAGUCUAAACAGACAAAGAUGCUUCAAAUGCCAGUAAAGUCAUAAUACACAGUAACUGAAAUAACUAGAACAUGGUUAUGUAAUAUAUUAAUAUAUUUGUACUCUGUCUUUUACUUCCAGGCCAACUAGCUGAGAUGAGUUAUGCAUAGUGAAAAAAUAGUUUAUCUUACUUCUGUUUUCUCUUGAAUUACUUCUGUACUUUCUGACUGCCUGUACAUACUAGAUAAAAAAAGAAAUGGUACAGGAUGUGAGAAGUGUUUUUUGUGUCAUUUGUCUUUCAUUAAUACAAUAUUAUUAUUAUAAUUCUAUUUAAAAAAUAUUUUUUAAUGUUAGAUUUUCACUAGAUUGUACUGUGAGUUCUACUUGAACAUUAUUAGUCUCAAUCCUUUGUU